AUGACCUCGAGCGCGGGGAGCAGCAGCGCCUCGGUCCCCAGGCAGAAGCAGAGGCGGAGCCGCCGCCGCUCGGGCCGCAGCCCGGGCAGGGAAUCCCCGGCUCUGUCAGCGCUGGGCGAUUUCCAGAACCUUCCCCUGGAGAUCUUCCAGAUGGUGCUGAAUUAUCUCUCAGUGAAGGACAUCAGCAUGCUGAGCAUGGUGUCCAAAACCAUCAGCGGCCGCCUCAUCCAUUACAUCUCCACCUCGUCAGGGAGCCGCCGGCUGCUGCUGCAGGACUUCCACCAGGAGCUCCCCGCCAGGAGAGAGGGAGCCUCCAUCCUGGAGCACUACAGGGCUCUAGGGCUGCUGCUCAAGAGGUGCACCCUGCUGCUGCCCACCAGGGACAGGCUCAAAUAUGUGCACAAGGUGCUCUCAGGGGUUUCCUGUUUCAAGCUGAAUGGUUGUGCCAGUCCCCUGCACUGCCUGGGCCUGCAGUGCUAUGGGGUUUUCUUACAGAUCCUGACGGCGGGCUGGGAUGAGCUCGAGUGCCACCGGGUGUUCAACUUCCUCUGGGAUCUCAGCAAUUUAGCCCGGAAGGUGCAGACGGUUGUCAGCAGCAAACCAGGCAGUGCCCGGCGGCUGGAGCUGCGGAUCCGCCUGUUCUGCCGGGGGGUGCUGCUGUCGCCCGGCAGCCGCCGCAGCGACUCCGCCUUCUGGCUCACCCGCAUCCUCAAGCCCUGGCCCAUGGUGAACCAGGCCCGCCUGCUCUACAUCAUCUUCGGGCCCGUGUCCUCCCGCGAUGGACACGUGGUCUGGCAGAAAAUGAUAGAAGGACCAACAGAUGAGACCAGUCUGAAGGGUUUGGCUGAUGCAAUUAAGCUGCUGUAUGGUACAGAAGCUAGAGAAUGGACAGCAGAUGAUGUUAUCAGUCUUGUGGAUGAGCUGUCAGUGGUUCCCCAGGAGUGGCUGAUGGAGAACAACGCUCGGCUGCUGCUCCUCAGUGGCAACAGCAUCUGCUUCACCUUCAUGGCCAGCAAAGCUGUGAAUGGCAGAGCUGUGGAGCUGGCCAGGCUCAUGGUCUUCAUGGUUCUGGUGUGUGAGAAGGACCUGUACUGCAUGGACUGGGCGGUGAAGAUGAUGCAGAAGGUCUGCAAUGUUUUCAGCACUCCCUGGGAGAGGAACAACUUCCUGCAGUGCCUGGAGAACUCCUUUGCCCGCAUGCUCAUGGACAUGCUGCAGGCAGUACUGGCUGGGGAGAGGGAUGAGGAGGACAGCAGCUUCCUGAACCUGUUCCAUCUGAUGAAUGCACAGGCCAACUUCCACAAGGAAAUCCUCUACCUGGCCAUGGGCAGCACCAGCAGCACCUCCUGA